GGGCUGGAGACGGCUGCCCCGGCAUCCGCUGCCCGACAGUCGCCGGUGCACAAGACUAGUAGACAGUAGCAGUCAAGAUGUAUAAAAUGGACAAGCCUCAUGACAAGGUGAAGUUUCUAACCAAGCCUGCCCCGGACACCUAAGCCUCCUUCGACUCCCACUUGCCGCCCACAUCAAGGACGACACAAAAUGGUGCCACACGCCACCCUCUCAGCGGCGCUUGUCAGUGCCCUGGCCACGACGGCGCUGGGCCACGGUAUGGUCACGAGCUUCAAGACGGACGGCACGCUGCAUCAGGGGUUCAUCCUGGACUACUACUACGCAAAGGUCAACAAGCAGCCCGUCCCCGACAUCGCAGCGUGGUAUGCCGAGAACCUGGACAGCGGCUUUGUAGCCCCGAACGCCUACCAGACGCCCGACAUCAACUGCCACAAGAACGCGUCGCCGGGCACGCUGACGGCCUCGGUCGCCGCCGGCGGCACCGUGACCUUCAACUGGCCGGCGACCUGGCCGCACCCGCACGGGCCGAUCCUCACCUACGUGGCCAAGUGCACGGGUGGCGACUGCACCAAGGCGGACAAGAACAGCCUGCGCUGGGUCAAGAUCCACGAGGCCGACAUCGACCUGGCGACGCAGAAGUGGGCGUCGCAAGACCUGAUCGACAGGGGCGGCGUCUGGUCCGUCACGGUGCCCCGCUCGAUCGCGCCGGGCGACUACGUCUUCCGCCACGAGAUCAUCGCGCUCCAUGGGGCCGGCUCGCUCAACGGCGCCCAGAACUACCCGCAGUGCUUCAAUAUCCGGAUCACCGGGGCGGGUACCAAGAGUCCGAGCGGUGUGUUGGGCACGCAGCUGUAUAAGAAUACGGAUCCGGGGAUUUAUUUCAACCCGUACACGACUAUCAAGAAUUACACAAUUCCCGGGCCGUCGAUGCCUGCUUGGUGAUGUAACGGGCGGAUGGGCGGACUUAGUUGGGAGAUGGUUAUACCUGAGGAGCAGGGAAGGAGUUUCGGAGGAGCAUUGCUAUAUGUAUAUACAUCACAGGAAGGAAGCUACUACAUACCAAGCUUACCAUAAC